UCACUGAAGCAGUCAAACCUGCAUCCGUUACACAGUAGGUAUGUGCUCCGUUGCUUUCAGGAUGUGUCCUCUGAUCCUAUUUUGGUGUAUCAUUACAUGGCCUGUCUGGGCUCGUUCACCAAAAUUAUCAUUAUCUCAGCUACCAUUUUUUACUGUGUGGAAUGCUCCAACCCAGAGCUGUGGCUCUCUCUAUGGUGUUGAUCUUGACCUGAGUAUCUUUGAUAUAAUCCACAACCAGAACCAGACUUUUACUGGCAAUAACAUCACCAUUUUUUACUCAGACAAGUUGGGACUUUAUCCUUACUACACCAAGCUGAAUGAAUCCGUGAAUGGAGGUGUUCCUCAAAACUCUAGCCUGAAUGACCAUCUAUGUCAAGCUAAAGCUGACCUACAGAAAAACAUUCCAGAUGAAGACUUCCAAGGUUUGGCAGUGAUUGACUGGGAGAACUGGAGGCCACUGUGGGAUCGUAACUGGGACACUAAAGAGAUAUACAGGAAAGGUUCUAGGACACUUGUGAGGGCUAAACAUCCUGACUGGGGCCCAGAACAGAUAGAAGCCCAGUCAGUAAAAGACUUUGAGGGUGCAGCCCGGGCUUUUAUGGAGGACACCCUAAAGCUGGGUAGAGAUAAACGGCCCAGUGGACUUUGGGGAUACUAUGGAUUUCCUGAUUGCUAUAACUACCAGUACAAAAAGAAUAGUACCUACCGAGGGGAGUGCCCACCAAUGGAAGUAAAAAGAAACAACAAGAUGGCUUGGUUAUGGGAUAUAAGCAGUGCUUUGUAUCCUAAUAUUUACCUGGACCUGAGCCUCAAGGGUCGAGGCAGAGACAUUCUGUUGUACACCAAGUAUCGAAUUAUGGAGGCUAUGAGGAUAGGACAGCAGGUUUCCCAAAUCCAUCCAGUCAUCAUCCCCUAUGCUCGUAUCGUCUAUACCUUCUCCCUGGAGUUUCUUUCACAGGAGGAUCUGGUUCAUACCAUUGGAGAGAGUGUUGCAUUAGGAUCAGCAGGAGUUGUGCUGUGGGGAGAUGCAAGCUACUCCAAAAACAAGAGCACCUGUACAACAGUGAAAGAUUACAUAGAUAACAUUUUGGGCCGAUACAUGGUGAAUGUGACUGCAGCGGCGGCUCUCUGCAGCGAGACCCUGUGCUCGUCUCAUGGUCGAUGUGUGAGAAGUGACCCACACUCUUCAGCCUAUCUUCAUCUUGACCCAGUAAUGUGGACCAUCAUCCCCAGAGCUAAGUUUCCAGACCUGACAACAAACACUCCUUCAUAUGUGAUACGAAUGAAGGUGGGAGGUACAGUGGAGAGGACAAAUUAUGAAGAGCAGUUUAAGUGCCAGUGUUUCACAGGCUUUGAGGGAGAUCACUGCCAGAAACAGGUUGCUCACAAGCCUGGAUAGAGAAAGGAAAUGAAGGAAUUGAAAAUGAUUUUGGUUUGCUGUUUGAGUGAAUGAAAAUGAAAUAAUGUUACUGUUAUACGAAUAAAGCAGUGGCAACAGUAGCUGUUUUAAAUAAUAAAAUAAUAUACAACCCCA